AACUUUAUUUAUUUGAUAGAGAUCGGAGGAGAGCGGAAACCAGGUGCGGCCAUUGAACUGUGGGUGUAGGUGAAGGGAAAAAGCCGGUUUCUUUCCUUCUAUUCAUAGUUUCAGGUCUGAGGUGUGGUUCUUGGAGCAGCCAAUGGCCACCGAUUCCAAAACUUACCACUUCGAUGAGGUGGCCAAGCACAACGUUACCAAGGAUUGCUGGCUCAUCAUCUCCGGAAAGGUGUACGAUGUCACCCCAUUUAUGGAUGAGCAUCCAGGUGGUGAUGAAGUCUUGCUAGCAGCAACUGGGAAGGAUGCAACCAACGAUUUUGAAGAUGUAGGUCACAGCACCUCUGCUAGGGAGCUGAUGAUCAAGUAUUGCAUCGGGGACAUAGAUUCUCCAACUAUUCCAACUAAGCGUGUCUAUGUGGCACCACAACAAGCACACUACAAUCCUGAUAAAACUUCAGAAUUCGUGAUCAAGAUACUGCAGUUCCUUGUGCCCGUCUUGAUCUUGGGCUUGGCCUUUGCUGUUCGUCACUUUACCAAAGUAGAGGAGUAACUCUAUUUGCCUCGGUCAUCCGUAGUCUAUUGAAACUGAAGUUCAAUGGUGGAUUUGAUAAUUUUAUAGUAAUUGAACUGUAAAACCAUUCAGCCACUCUGAUGGUGGUAAUGGAUUAGUUGUUAUGUGCCAUUUAGAAGUUCUUGUCAUCUUCUUUCCUUCCAGUCCGCACUUUUGAGUUUCCUUUGUUAAAGCUGGAACAUCUCUUAGGGUGUUGAGGAUGGAUUUUGAGCUAUUACAAUUCAGAAAAAUAUAUAACAAGCGAAUGCUUUCUAGGCUUGUCUAUAGAAA